GUUUUUGUCCACCUCACGUUCUCGUUCGUCACUGCCGGAGGAGCCCGAACCUGCCCGAGCAGCUGAGCGUCAGUCUGGCGUGUAAACAAGGUCAGAGACACUGCAGCACUCAGACGAGCACUUUCUGCACCGGACAGAGACUCGAUUUUAACCCAGGACAAGCAGAAAACUUCUGCAGCAUACAGCAGAAAGCAGAAAGGACUCCAUCAAAAACCAGCCAAGAUGAUGCAAUGUUUUCACUUCAUGGUGGAGCCGGCUAAAACUUUAACGGCCAAGAUAAAGGAAUCUAAUAAAAGGGCUAAAAGGGAGAAGAGGGAGCCUCUGGAUGAGGAUCAGCUGUUUGUUGUGGAUCUUGCCCGAGAUCUCAACCGAGUGUGCCAGAGGUCAUCAGUCCUGGAGCACAUCUGGAGCCUGGACGACACCUGGCCCUCCUCUCUCUGCAGGGUCUUCAUCCUGCAGUGGGCUGCCAUGUUAGAGAGCAAGAAGAGGCCCAUGCAGACAGACGGCUGGCCAGAGAUCGAUGAGGUCAAACAUCCUGAUGUGAUCAACGAGCAGGACGUGCUGCAGGCCAAAAAUGUGAUCCUCAACUGGGUCAAGGACCUGAGAGCUCAGCCUGAGCAGAGUGUGUGGCCCGGUGAACCGGUGGCGAAAGUUCUGGAGGACCUGCAGUCCGCCUGGCGUUGGGGCCGAGCUCCAAACCUGCUGACUGCCAUGGAGCUGGUGAUGUGGACCUUGAUGCUGCAGCGGCCUGAUAAGGACACCAUACCGCAGCAGUGGCUCAUGUGGAAGCAGCGCACUCAGAAGAUCGGUUCCAUUUCCUACAUUCCUCAGCCAGUGUGGGAUUGGAUCUCAGACGCUGCAGUGGAGGUGACUCUGGAUCUCGACACGGCGAACCCUGACCUGCUCAUCACCGAUGACAAGAAGAUGCGCUGCGGCUUUGAAAGGAAGGAUGUCCCCAACUACCACCAGAGGUUUGACGGAUGGUGGUGUGCCGUCGGGUUGGAGGGCUUUGGCACAGGCCGCCAUUACUGGGAGGUGGAAGUGGGCGAGCGGGACUGGCGGCUCGGUGUGGCCAAAGAGUCAGCCCUGAGGAAAGGGUUCAAGUCCCUGAACACUGACACGGGCUACCUGAGUCUGCGCCUUGAGAGAGGCACCGAGCUGAAGGCGCUGACUGUGCCCUUCACCUCCCUGCCGCCCGGCCUCAUCCCCCGCAAGGUGGGCAUCUACCUUGACUACAACGGCGGCCAGAUGUCCUUCUACGACGUGGACAAACACCUGCACAUCUACACCUACAACGAAAACUUCGAUGAGAAGCUGUACCCCUUGUUCGGUACCGUAGAGAUCAUCAAGGAUCUAGUGAUUAAAUCUCCUGCUGCUAAGAAUCACUGUCUCUGCCCGGUGUCCUGCGUCUGGGCCUGAACCUCCUCCUGUGUGUCACCUUUGAAACACCUAGAUAUCCUUCAAAACACCUAGAUAUCAAGAUUAAGUCUAAACAUCAGGUUCAAUAAUAAUCACUGAGAGGAAUCGGAGAUCCUGAUGUAAAAAUCCUGUUUGUGCUCUUGAACAGCUCCUCCAUGUGACCGCUCUCUCUUUGCUGCUUUAAUGUGAUCGUUGCACUUUCUCCCUCUCUGGAGGGCUUAGUUAUUCUCUCUGCUCACACUCAUGAAGUGUUUUCAUAUAUUUAAGAGGACACCUAUAGUAUUAAUGUCCUGUAAUGUGCAAUAUUAACCCUGCAGUAAGAAUGCAUUCCUGUGAAUGAACAAUAAACCAAAACAUGUCAGUUAA